AUGUUUACUGCAGCCACCAAGAACUUUGUGAAGCAGGUAGGAGACACUGGGAGGCUGAUCCCCGUACCGAGCCUGAGCGAGGCCGACCGCUACCAGCCACUCAGCCUGGUUACCAGGAAGAGGAAGAGGCAUUUCUGGAAGAAGAGCAAGUACGCCUCGACCCCUUUCUCACUGAAGGACAUCCUGGUGGGGGAGAAGGAGAUUACAGCAGGGGUGUCUUCUUACCAGCUCCUCAACUAUGAGGACAAAUCUGACGUGGCCCUGAAUGGUCGAUUAGGAAACCACAUCAUCAACGACGUGGGGUUCAACAUCAGCGGAUCGGACUCUGUGGCCGUCAAGGCCUCCUUCGGCGUCGUGAGCAAGCACGAGCUGGAGGUGCCCACGUUGCUGCGGGAACUCAACUCCAGGAAAGUGGACCUUGAUCACUGCCUGGUUCGUCAGUCGAAAGACAGCAGACGAAGUGUCCUCUGUGUUGUUGUGGAAAGCAUCCGCACCACACGUCAGUGCUCUCUGACCGUCCACGCCGGAAUGAGAGGGACUACCAUGAGGUUUCAGAUCGACGAUGGCAGAAACCCCAAAGGUCGGGACAAGGCCAUCGUCAUCCCGGCUCACACCACCAUCGCCUUCAGCAUCUGUGAGCUGUUUGUUCGACUCGACGGGCGGCUCGGAUAA